AUGACGUACCCCCAGAAUGUCGGCAUCAAGGCCAUCGAGAUUUACGUCCCGCCACAGUGCCUGGAUCAAACACUCUUUGAGAAACACCAAGGUGUAUCGGCGGGCAAGUACACCAUUGGACUGGGCCUUCAGUACAUGAACUUUUGUACGGACCGAGAGGAUGUCUGCUCUCUGGCCCUGACCGCCGUCUCCUCCCUUCUCCGCAAGUUCGACAUCGACCCCAAGUCCAUUGGACGUCUUGAAGUGGGCACCGAGUCACCCAUUGACAAAGCCAAGUCUGUUAAAUCGGUCCUCACGACACUCUUUGAGCCACACGGCAACACAAGCCUCGAGGGUAUCGACACCAUUCACGCCUGCUACGGUGGUACAAGCGCCCUCUUCAACGCCGUCAAUUGGGUCGAGUCUCGCUCGUGGGAUGGUCGAGAUGCCAUCGUGGUGGCGUCAGACAUUGCACUCUACAAAGAAGAUGCGUCUCGUCCAACUGGUGGCGCUGGCUGUGUCGCCAUGCUGAUCGGUCCGAAUGCGCUGCUCUCCCUUGAACCGAGCUUGCGGGGCGUAUACAUGACCAACACGUUUGACUUCUAUAAGCCUGAUAUGAAGGUUGAGUUCCCAAUCGUCAACGGCCACGAAUCCAUCGCUUGUUAUCUUGGUGCUCUGGAUGAAUGCCACAAGGACCUGCUCCGUCGCACUGGGGCUGUCAGUAAACAGCUUAAUGGCGAUGCACCAAAGACUGGAAAGAAGGUUCUUGACCUUUUCGAUUAUAUGGCCUUCCAUACUCCCAACUGCAAGCUGGUUAGCAAGUCGUACGGUCGACUCAUGUACAAUGACUGUUUGAACUCGACUAAUCCGGCUGACUGGGAGGGAGUCCCUGAGGACCUUCGGAACCUGAGCUACAAGAGUUCCCUCAAGGAUAAGACGCUAGAGAGAGCACUUGUUGCUGCCACAAAGAUUGCGUUCAAGAAGCGAGUUGAGCCAUGCAUUGCCGCGCCCUCUUUGUGCGGAAACAUGUACACCGCCAGCCUGUACUGUUCUCUCAUCAGCUUGAUUAGCAAUAUUGAUCUGGCAUCCGCAGAAGGAAAGAUUCUCGGACUGUUUAGUUAUGGAAGUGGCGCUGCUAGCACCCUCUUUGGCAUGAGAGUCACUGGUGAUCUCUCAAACAUGGUUCAGAAGAUUGAUCUCAUGAACCGUCUGAAGCAAAGAGCUAUCCAGACCCCCGAGGAUUACGAGAAGGCCUGCGCUCUCCGACUCAAAGCAUACGGAAACAAAAGCUACAAGCCUCUUGGGGAUGUUGGCUCUCUGGCGCCUGGAACAUACUAUCUUGAGAGCAUUGAUGAGGUAUACCGUAGAACCUAUGCUAUCAAGGGCCAGUGA